UUUGUUGUUCUAUGGUUCCUAUCUAACCUUAAAAUUGAGCACGAAAAUAAAAAUAACAGGAAAGUAAAAUAUCAAUAAAAUGUUGCUCAGACCAUUAAAUCUCCUGAAUAUCACCAAACGAUUUGUUGGAAAGAAGAAAUACGUGUGGGAUGGAGAAUACAUUCAAUAUCCAGGUUUCAAGUAUUACCCGAGUAAGCCUGACUUUCAAGAUCCACCCUAUGAACCUUCGAAAUUAUUCAGAGUGCAGCGUAUAAAACCUCUAAAGGGUGUACCUUACUACGAGAAAUCAAUAUUGCGAGACUUCAAACUGGACACUAAACUGAGCGACGUUGUAAUUCUAAAAAAUAUGCCCGAAACAAUAAUGAAGUUAUGGAAAAUUAAACAUUUAAUUGAAAUAAAACCAGUAACUUUUCCAAAUGGUUUUCCCACAGACGUAAAUGGAACGUAUUUGAAGGAGAAUGGGGAAUUGAUUGUCUCGCAUAAUGUUUCAGAAGAUAAGCAACUUCUGAGUCAGAAAUUUAAGGAGGAUGUGAAACGAUUAGAUGGUAAUACGUUGAGACGAAAUUCUAGAUCAAAAUGGCUGAGUGGUUGGGGUGAUGUGUAAUUAAUGUAGAAUAAAGGUAUUGUGAUUGAA